UUCUUUGUGUACGGAUGUGUUUUAUAAACGGUGAUCGCCCAACCCAAACUGUGUUUGGCCCUUAUUUUUUUCGGAAUAAGAUUUGGUGUUAUUAGAAGGAGUGAAAAUGAUUUUUAUAUGAAACAGUUGCUUCAAAAAUUAGUCGCAACGUUGAAAAAGGUUUGUGUUGAAUGCUGUCACACAAAAUGCAAAGUUUCAGUGAGAUUCUAAUAAAUUUUCCAAAGAUCCAAAGAAGGCAGAGGUAAUUCCUAGUGAAGCACAAGAGGAUUGACACCCUUGACAUGGUUCCCGAGAAGCAGUGAUGAAUAAGAAAAAAAUCGACUAGUUAACUCUAAAAAGAGAAAACAUAUUUCCUGCGAUGAGUCGGAAAUCGUGGUGAUAAAAGCUUGAAGCGUAAUUGAAUUGCGAUUGAAAAAAGCAAAAGUGAGAAAAAUGGUGUAAUAAGAGAGAGUGAAAAGAAAUUGCGCCAGUCGUCUUUCCAUCGGAAGGAGAUUCGAUAUUUUGGAGAUUGUUCGAAAUCUGAACGAGAGGUUGUCGAGGCGUAAAUUUAUUUUCAACCAUUUUUGUUAGCGGUGUAAGAAGGAUUAUUCGUGUAUUAUUAGUAAAAAAGCAGUAUCAGGUUAAGUGUAAACGCCCACUAUUAUCUACCAGUGUUUAAUCGAUUCGGUAGGAGAUUCUGGAUUAAUGCGGAUAAAUGAGCUCCACCAUUCAGGAAAAAAGUGCUGCAUAGCAUUGCACUUGGAUGCCAUCAUUAAAUUGUGCUAUGUGAAUAUGAUGCAGUAAAAGUUGCGGUUGUCGGAAAACGAAAUAUUGAAAUCUCACCUUUUCCGUUAAAUUGUGCUGCGAAGAUACUACUAGCAAAAUGACCGACAAAGUGGCUAAAUUCGAACGGAUGGCACUGACGAAGCCGGUCCCUAUGAAGCUGUUCGCUGCUUGGGAAGUGGAUCGUACGCCAUCCAAUUGCAUUCCAAGAUUAUGCUCCUUGACGAUAACACGGCUUUCCUUGCUUACACCACUGCCGCCCGAUCUCACCUCCCUGUCGCUGGCGGUCAAAAUGCAAAGUUCUAAGCGCACGCUUCGGUCACAUGAGAUUCCAGUACCCCAAUCGUUGAGCAUCGGUUUCGGAAGUACGCUUGGCGGAGGCAGCCUCGCUAGUGGCGGUCCCGGUGUGAUAGGCCAAAGUGGCCAGCUCAAUUCUCCUCCAUUGCUCGAAACAGAACUUGAUCUCCAUUUCAGCUUGCAAUAUCCUCACUUCAUCAAGCGCGAUGGCAACAGACUACUGAUUUUGCUGCAGCGUCGAAAGAAAUAUAAAACCCGCACUAUUCUAGGAUAUAAAACACUGGCCGAAGGUGUGAUUCGGAUGGAUGCUGUGCUUCAGAAAUCUAUGGACAUGACAGUGGAACUAAAUGGAUCUAGUAAAGCGGGCCGACAAGGGCUCACGAUAGCCACAUUACGUGCCACGCAGGUUACUUCCAUUCCAGUGGAUCAAGACAAUAAAAAUAACAAUAGCUUACUUGUCACGGAUCGCGUCAAUGAGUAUUCUGACGAGGAUGAGGAACAAGAAUUCAGUUCUGGUGAUGACAACGACGACGGACUGUCGGGUUAUGCUGCAAAACGGAAUUAUGCUGCUAAACGCGAUCCAUACAAAAAAUUUGACCGAGGUGACAAUGAUGGAGAUGGUGACGAAGGGAAUUUGCUUCCUUCGAAUCAAGUCGACAGUGACAGUGAUUUCGAUAAUUUAGGAAAGGAUAAAGGAUCUCGUGCAAAAAUGAGUCGUCAACGAAACUUUAAGCAACGUAUAAUAUCACUACUAAAGCGGUUCAAAGUUCCUGACGAGCUGGAAGGCGACGCACAGGAACGAGGUCCCUCUUUACGGGGUAAGCGGGAUUUGGAUGCUCUGUUUCAAGAGCUGGAAUCACUGUCCUGCGGCGAAGGGGAUGAUUCCGGUCAAGAUAUGGACAGUUUGUCUAUUGGUUCCACGCCAAAGCCAUCAUUGAGGCCAUUUUUCGAAAAUGCCAAGCCGGCAUUACAGCAUCAACAGUCAGCUGUUCAGUUGAGCUCGCUGCAGAAAACAACUAAAGAUUUUAUGCCAGAAAAGAAAACGAUUUUAGAGAAACGUGACUCACUCGCCGAAAAGAAAUCCACUACCGUAACAAUUGCUAAUAACAUUAUUAAUAGUACGAUCAACAACAAUAUCAGUAAUAACAAUCAUACUAGCAAUUACAAUAACAGUAUGAGUAACAACCAAGACCGCUCAGGUGAUUGGAAAAACGAUAGCUCCGGCAACGAAGGAGGUGCUGGGAACACAGACCCGGAGGCUCUUUCCUCGGAUCCUCAAAAUGCCGGAAGUCCACCGAAAGAGAAAGAAACAGCGGCAGUGGAAAAGAAAAAUCGUUUAUUUCGUACCAGCAGUAGCACUCCAAACAGUGCCAAGAAACAGAAGCAAUCUCUUACUUUCCCUACUACUGCUGAUCAACCUAAAGCAUCCCCAUUGGAAACCUGUUUAUCGCCAACGAAUGUCGAGCCACGGAAGUCGCUACUAGAUCAGCUAUCACGAACCUUCACUACGGAAGAAUCACAACUGCCUGAUGUUGUCACGAUCGUUGGUCCACCGGAGGCCAGUAGCAGUUCCUCUUCUACUCCGCGACUUAUUUCACUCAUAUCAUCUGCUUUCCGACCAACAUUUUCUCCAAACAACACAGCCGAGGUCAAAGCUAUCACGCAAGCACUGAUGAAUAAAAUUCAAAAAUAUUGUAAUUCAACUGCUAAGCCCCCUACUACAGUUAAGGUACUUCUAGUCGGUGGAGAUUGGCUGCAGGGCGCUGUUUUGCGUCAUUAUGUCGAAUUAUUAGGAAUUCGUCCACCCGAUUGGGUUAAUCAUAUCAGGUUUUACAUUGUCCCUUUAGGAUUAUGUGGUGUGGCAAGAUAUCUAAGUUUAAUUGAUUCAAGCUACUCAAAUAUGUUUGGAACUGAAAAUUGGCAGCAGAACUGUGAACGGGCAGCGAACCUGGAAAGCGCACAAUCGAAGAACGAAUCGGCUGAGAUUAUCAGUCGGAUACAGCGAUAUCUGCAUUCGGCUGGUCCUUGCACACAAGUUCCUAUCGCUGAAGCCAUGGUUAACUAUCGAGAUGAAGAUUCUUGUCAAAUUUUUGUGCCAUUUAUAAGUGAUGUUAGGAUAGGUUGUCUCGAGGGUCCCCAGUUGUCAUUAGAUUUGGAUGAAACGGUAACGCUUGGUUCCCAGCAAAGCUCCGAUCGUGUACUGUCAAGUUCACCGCCGCAAAGCGGACGAGCGUCGCCUCCAGCUCCACUUACACCUGUGGCUGCAGUUGCUCAACAACAGAAUAGCGGUAUCCAGGAGUCACUCGAAUUACAGGUCGAUUAUUGGCCACUGGCACGGCCUUUUCUGGAUGGUAAAGAUAAAUCGCAGAGCAAGGGUCAGGACCCAACUGGCAAGAACAGUAUUAAGAGCACCUUCAGACAUUUACAGGUUUGGAGAUUACCAUUAGCUCCCAAUAAUGGCGAUUAUUCAAACGGCUUGACACUUAGCUAUGCUACCAAGGAGAAAAAACAGAAGAGUGUGAUGCGAUUAGGUAAAAAGAAGGAGAAAGAUAGAGACGCCGAAAAGGAACAAUGCGUUGAAGGGGUGGCUCGGUUGAUCUGCUCACCUAGACAGUCACAUCCGGUUCCUAUGCGAGUAUACAUCGAUGGUACAGAGUGGACUGGAGUCAAAUUCUUUCAACUUUCAUCUCAAUGGCAGACACAUAUCAAAAAUUUCCCUAUCGCGUUAGUUGGAGCUCCGUUAGCUUCGGCAGAAAUGUUAACCUAGUCAGUUUCUUCAUCCGCGGCAGUAGCAACUGGGGUAAGAUCUACCACGAUGGCACCGGUAACGCAGUCAUCAGUUUCGCAACCUGUACGUAGGUCUGAUAAACCACGCUUCUUUUCUACUUCGAUUACUGCCACUGCUAGUACAGAUACUAACGGUAGUAGUAAUAGUGGUAUAACAGCAACAGCUACUGCACGGACGACUCUCAGUAGUUCCUCUCGAAUCUUACGACCCCGUAGUUGGGCUGCAGCGAGUCGAUCUCGCUGUGAUUAGGAUGAUCUACUAGUAAGAAGUACAACUGAUGUCAGUUGUAUUAGGUGUUUUAUGUACAUUUAGGCUAUAAGGCUCUUUAGCAGCACCAAUCGAGGUCAAUUACUUUUGGUUUCGCUCAAAAUUAAACAAUUAGUUUGUACGUCUCGGAUGUCGCCGAUUUCUCUAGAAUACCGUGUUGUUGCUUUUCGAUUCACAUCAACAGAAGAAACUCAUGAUUUGGUCACACAAUAGCUUAAAAUUGUAUAAUUUAUUUAUGUAAUUCAAUCUUUACUGCGAUUACUUAUUAGAACAUGUACAAUAACACACAUAACAUACAUACAUAAACUGCGUUCAUGUAAAAAUAAUCAAUUCAAUUAAUCGCUGGUACUCGAAUUUUUCGAAUGAUUGUAAAUAUGCAAUUCAUAUCAACCUCCCGGUAUUCGUUUCUAUGGUGACCCGAUUGGUGGUCGCCUUGUGUUCGAGGACUGCACAAAAACGUGAUUACCGAGAAAUGAAUGAGUUGUUUCACAGUACAAUAGUCUUGGCUGGUGAUUCAGUCUGUAAAAAGUUAGUGUAACUAGUCAGUUGAUGUAUGCUUGAGCUCUAUACUUAUAUGCGACAGCGGAAUCUGUUGAAAUAUGUUGGAUAGUGUUAUUCUUCGUCUUCUUUUCUUUGUUUGUUUGUUUAAUGCAUUUCGGUGGGAAGAUCGAAUGUUUAUCCAUUCUAAUUUUAAAGAGUCCAGACAAGACGAUAGACAAUAAAUAGUAAUGAAUUUAUGAAACAUUUAAGACAAUUUUAUAGCAACGAAUCGCUGCUUUUUUCUAUGGAAAGAAGUAUGGUCUGUUAGUGCUCUUUUUAUGUGGAUUUGUUGCAAACAGAAGGAAUUAUUUCUUUGAUUUUUCGAUAUCUUUGCUAGCUAAUGCAUCUGACGAACUAACUUUAAAAUGAUCAACUCGUUGUAAAAAUUACCUGUGGUAAUUGUUUAGUUCGAAAAAAAUGCACGAGGGAAAAUACUCAUUCUUUGUUAUUUGGAAAUAUUGGUGUAACAAUAUUCUUUAUGAUAUACUUCAUUGCAAUAACUUUUACUUUGGAAAUGGUUGUUGAUGGAACUGGGAUUGCUUUAACAUUCAUAGCAGUAACAUUCAUAGCAUAAAGAGAAAGAACCGUAUUAUCUACCGUUUGUCAAUUAUGCUAGUACCGUUUACUUCCUAUUGAAGCUGCCCAUUAAUUGCCACGUGCAAUAAUUGUAAUCAAGGAUGGCUUUUAUCAUAUCAAAGAACGCUCACUGGCAACUCUUCACACGAUUGAAUCAGUGCCAUCGAAGAGAAACGGAUAUCAUUGCAACAACAAAAACAUUGGCAUGGCUCAUUUAACAUAGAAUCGACACCAGUGCGAGAGCGAAUUUCUCUCGAUGACAUUUCUGAGAAUCAAAGGCUGUGGGGAUCCUCUCUGAAGCAACAAACGGUCGCUUAUUCUCGUUUCGCGAUCCGAUUCUAUAAAGGCAGUUGAUAAUUGGGAUAGAAUCAUUUUACUAUUGCCGCUUAUUCUAACUAUGUGUAUAUAAUCUUUGUAUAAGUUGCGUCUAUGAAAAUGUCUGUGAAUGCUCCACACAAGGGUUUUGAAAUAUUGCAACCUAGUAUGAGAAUCAUCAAGUUGAAUCAUCGAUUCGAUUUUCUGCGAUAAUUGUCAACUUGCGAUUCUCUCUUGGGAAAUUCCACACAGCAACGAUCAUUAUCAGACUGUACAUUUUUUUAAGCGCCAUGAAAUACUCAGAGUAUGAAGUGGAGCGAAGAAAUGUAGAAAAAUUCUCUCGCGGUUCAUGCAUUGAGAGACUCGAGUUCUUGUAGCAUCUUCUAUCAGAUUGAAAAUGUUGUAUACAAUAUAGAUAGCAAUAUAGUAGCUUCUGUCAAAUUUUCGGCAAUCACCAACACUGAUUGUAAUUAUUGGUAUCAAAAAUUUGUUUCAUUCGUUAUGUUGCGAAAACAGCUUUUAUUGCAAAUGAAAAGCUGAAAGGAAUAUUAAAAAAUAACGCAUCCGAUGCAUGUCUCAUCUCUCAGGAAAUUGUCGGACUUCUGUCUCGAAACAUCGUCACAAUUUUCAUACAAUACUAGUUUGGUGCCAUCCAUUGUAAACCAGUGUAAGAUAAAAAGAAUGAAGAUAAUUUUCUUUCUCUUAACCAACCAACGAUAAACGGGUUAUAUCCUAUUUACUGUCCAUAACUCGCCAGACGCAUGUAUUUCAGAGAACUUCUUUUUAACAUGAAUACGUCUUACUUUAUAAUGUGGUACCUUUUUUAUCAUACAAAAAGGCUAUGCAAUCAUUGUAAAAAACGAUUUUUAAACCGAGGCCUGUUCGUCGAGUGCGCAAAAUAUCUGUGUGUGUAUGUAUGUAUGUAUGUAUGUAUGUAUGUAUGUAUGUAUGUAUGUAUGUAUGUUUUUUUUACAAGGUGAAAUACCUUAUGUACUUUCCCAGCUCACGCGCUCGGUAGUUGUCAAGCUACCGCUAUUGUGAACCAGCGAGUGGGACUGGCUGAACCUUACCCACUAAAACACCUUGGACUCGAUCCCCUCGGAACUAAGCUAAGCUCAAUACUUCGGGGGAGGCUGUGCUCAUGCACUUCUUCGUUUGGGAGAAAAUGAGCUCCUCUCUUUAUUCAUCUCGAUCCACCUUUGGCCCCUCGACGACCCAAUGCCGCUACGUUGCGCCACACUACUCGCCUGAUCCCCGACGAUGGAUCCAGCCUACACUGACGGAAAGUUUCCCCUUUUACGCCACGCGGGACAUCCGAAGGAGUGCCGAGGUCGGCUCCGCGAUUCCGGUUGGAGCAUGGCUUCCGGUUCGCUGAUGCCCCGACGACUCGAAUCGGUGUUGUGGCGUCUACUCGACUAGUCCCUGGUGAUGGAUCUAGCCUACACCGACAGAGAGUUCCCCGACGAUGGAAAUUCUCCCGAAACCGACGUUUUCGAUACCCGUCCACGGCCCGACCGUAAGGAUGCCUGGGUCGAUCCAAUGAUGCCGGUUGGAGGAUGGCUUCCGGUUCACUGGUGCCCUGACUAUCUUAACGGUGCUACGCCACGAUCUACUCGUCUAAUCCCCGAUGAAAGAUCUAGACUACACCGACGGAGAGUUCCCCGGCGAAAGAGGCUCUCCCGACACCGAGUCCCCUGUUACACCACACGGGACACACGAGAGAGUGCCGUGGUCGGUUCGGCGAUUCCAGUUGGAGCAUAGCUUCUGGUUCGCUGGCGCCCCGACGACACAAGUCGGUGUUGUGGUGGCUACUCGACUAGUCCCCGCCGAAGGAUCUAGCCUACCGCGACAGAGAGUUCCCCGACGCUGGGAGUUCUCUCGAAACCGACGUUUUCGAUACCCGUAUACGACCCGACGCUUACUCGCUGAUCCCUUCUCCAUACUCGCUGCAACUCCGAGAGUAUCUGUGUUACCACUUUGUUUACUGCAUUCCACGUGCCUUCUUAACGACUCAUUUCCUCAGAUAUAUUAUCCACCCUUAGGGCAGGCAUUUCUCUACGUACUUCCGCAAACCGGGGACAAUCGAAUAUCACAUGUUCAGGUGUUUCUUCAACAUACUCACACUCCGGACAAAAUGGAGACGCGGCGUGACCACACCGAUGCAGAUACUUCCGGAAACAACCAUAGCCAGAUAGAAACUGCGUUAGGUAGAAGUUUACCUCUCCGUGUUGUCUAUUCAUCCAUGGCGACAAAUGUGGAAUGAGCCGAUGAGUCCAUCUACCUUUCUCCGUACUGUCCCACUCCUGCUGCCACUUCGCCAUCGAAUCAAUUCGAAUCAUCGUUCGCACGUUUCUGGUGGUUCUGCGCUGAUAACACUCGAUAUCUCCCGCCAGGGUGAUGCAGAUUGGGAUCAUUCCGGCGAUAACGCUUGCUGCUUCCGACGAUAUUGUCAUGUAGGCGCUCGUGACUCGUUUGACCAUAAGCCGGAAUGUUCUGUUCAGCUUUUCACGGUUCGCAUGUCCCCCUACAUCUAUCUCGAUACGCUGGAUCGACUUGCAGUUGCUCACCAACAACACUUCCGUUUUGUGGUGAGCUACUUGUAGCUUGACUCCGUCCAUCCAGCCCUCAAUCGUGCUUAUCGUCUCUGUCACCGAGGCCUCUACUUCUUCGAGAGACUCGCCCUUCACCGUUAACGAUAUGUCGUUCACGAAGCCCACGAUUUUCACUUUCUUGGGAAGUUGCUGUGUCAAGACCCCAUUGUACAUAGCGUUCCAAAGAGUCGGCCCGAGAAUGGAUCCCUGAGGGACGCCCGCCGUCACUCGCACUGACCUCUGUCCUUCGUUCGUAUCGUACACCAGGAUUCUAUUGUGGAAAUAGCUCUUUAGGAUUCGGCAAACAUAAUCUGGGACCCGCAUUCGGUGUAGUGCUGUGGCGAUGGGAGAUGGCUGGCACUAUUGAAAGCAUUCUUCACGUCCAUUGUAACCACGGCGCAGUAUCGGUCACCUCUUCGCUUCUGUUUGGACGCCUUCUCAGCGCUCCGGAUUGCAUCAAUCGUCGACACUCCUCGACGAAAACCGAACUGCAUGUUCGACAAUCCUCGUUCGCCUUCAGUGCAUUUCAUCAACCUGUUGAGAAUAAUGUAGGUAUGUAUGUAUGUAUGCAUGUAUGUAUGUAUGUAUGUAUGUAUGUAUGUAUGUAUGUAUGUAUGUAACAAAUGGACCGAUUUUCACAAACUUAUAUUGAAAUGAAAGGUUGGUCCUAUAGAUUGCUAUUGAAUUUUACCCGGAUCAAACUUUCGGAUCAGGAGUAACAAGGUAAUUUUUUUUUCAAUUCAGAUUCAAAUUUAAGAAUUUAGUUCCCUAGCCUUCUAUUGAAUUUCAUAUGGAUCCGAGUUUUGGGUAAAAUGUGGAAAGUAAACUAAAAAGUGCACUCGAAAAAAAAAUAAGAAUUCAUAUUCAUUUGGGUCAAAACUGUUUAAAAUUCUAAUGGUUAUGCUAGUGCAUGCUCAAACCAAGUUGUUGGUUCUUAUUCAAUAUUCAAAGAGAAGUUUUCGGAAGAAUGUAAACAUGAGUUUUUAUUAUGGAUAUUUCUUGGUAUACUUUACGUAACAGCAUAGCUUUUUUCCAUGCCAUCGAAAAUAUUAUCAACAAUUCAUGAUACAAUUUUCAGGAGUAUGUGAUAAUCAUAAAUAACUUAAAGUUCAGCGUUUUAUCAUUGGUUAGGUAUGAGAUACAUUCAUUCUAGUCUGUGCGGUUCACUGAACAGGACGUUUUUAACUAGUGCAUAAAUAGCACAUCAUUCUGGUCGGUUGAAAAGAUUGAUAUGGAUUUGCAAAAGGUAAAAGUAAUAGCGUUGUAUUGAAUGAAAAUCGAUAAUUUGCUUACCGAUAGUACAGCCGCAGAUCGCUUGUUUAGGUGUUUCAACAAAAUGUACACACUCCGGAUAUAGACUGGUGCAGAUAUUUCCGGGAGCAGCCAUGGCUGAGUCAGGUAGAAGUUCAACUUCCGUUCUGGAGGAUGACUUCGGGGUCUAAUUACUACUUACACUACUUACUCGUUCUGUAUAUUAAUACUCCCGGAACCUCUACUUCUGAGGGAGGCCUGUACUCAUGCACCUCACUAUCGCAGCCUCUGUAACGGGUUGCCGGUUGCCGGUGUAAUCAUAGCUCUGCGGUAUGUUGUUUUACUCUCUGGUCCACCAUUUGGGCUUCGCUGGAUGCCGAGGUCAAUUCGGUGAUUCCGGUUAGAGCUUUCUGGUUUGCGGGCGCCCCGACGACUCGAGUCUGGUGCUACGCCGCGAAACUAUAUUUAUUCCCACCUACUCGACUGAAAAGUGUGGGUGUGUGUGUCAGUGUACGUGUGUGUAUUUACCUGAUCGAGAGUGUGAGGUUUAACUAACUGUACAAAGAGAGCCACAAGGCAACAUCCUUUUUAUUUACUCGUAAAUUCUAAUCUUUGCAUCAAUAUAACAUCACCAGCCCUACUAUGGUACUAUAAAUGCUAGCUAUUGUUCUUUGAAACAAUAUGUUUCGCAUCGGAAUAUAUUAUCAAUGAUCAACUCUUCUUCUAAUGCACUUUUUCGAAGCACACAGAUGCUAUACGUAGUUUUGGUUACCAAGGUCGUCCAACCGUGUGCUCUCUACCUUACUGGAUAAGGUAAUCUACCAACAUGAGUGUUACCAACGGCUUUAGGUUUGUAACUAGAAAGUGGUUCACUUGUGUUACGUAAGAAGAUCUAGAGACACAUUAAAUUGGAUUGAAUGUCAAAACUGUCUAGUUGUAGUGUAAGUUAAGCUUAGAAUACUCGUGUAUAUUCUGUGGUGAUUACUGAUUGUGGACUUUUUACAACAGGAGGAAUCGGCGCAUUCUGACAUUGUCAUUUGGAUUGUGAUAUUAUUAAAAGCGUAUGAGUUAAAAUAAACUUAUUAGAAGAAGGGCCUCAACUGAUGAAUUUUUAUUUUGUGGAAGCUAGUCUCUCAUUUAUAGCGUUACGAAGGAAAAUUGAUAUAAACGAAGAAUAUACAGAAAUCAAUAUGACUGAUAGUGUUUUGAGCACGCACUGGAUGGUUAGUUAAACCAAUUUGUAACAAUAAAUACUACAAAUAAAGUAAUUUAUAUAAUCAUUGUAGAAAAGCCAGGGUAUUAAAUAUUCAUGUUACUGGAAAUGAUCGUUGUUCGCGAAGGUCUGUGUACAGAAUUCUCGUAUGCUAUUUCCAUUUUGGGAAUUUUUAUUGUCCUUACCUUUCUAGUGCUCUAAAUGCGUGUUCUGUUAGAGCAUAUCGCUAGAAAUAGUUUAUCGUGGAAUACUUAUCCGGUUGUUGAAUACAUAGCAUCACAGCAUUAGUCGCAUAAUAAUCAGUACUGGUAUCAAACAAAAGCAAUGGAUAAACUGCUAUUAUCUUUGCAAGAAACAUAACUACGUAUUUCGCAUCUAAUAUAAAAAACAUACUUAAAUACGCUCUACUAUUCUACACGUAACUAGGAAAUUUUCGUAAGCUCUUGUAGAACAUGUUUUAGGAAACCGCCAUAAUGCGUAGUUUUUAAGAUUCAUCAAAAGCAUACACAUAUAGUAAACGGAAACAUAUUCAACUGUAUGUUUAAGUAGGGUACCUUGAAGUCGUCAAACAGCAAUGCAUAUUAAAUUUAUGGAAAUAGAAAAUAAAUGUGAUUUUUUUGUUAUUUACAAAAACAAAA